AUCUCCCAGAGUGCACCGCGACAAGAUGGCUGCCAAAGGACCGUACUAUGUUCCUGAGUAGGUGACGACAGCAUCAGCAAUUUUGAAUCUGGCUAGGACCAGUGGAUAUCCAAGUCUUCCAUCACCCUCUCCCCCCACAGCCCUUGUAAUGGACUAGUCCACCUAUAGACUGGAGGCUGCUUCAUGGGAAUGUACCAUUUGAUAAGAGGGGUAGCAUUCACUGCUCAAGUCUUCCAUCCUGUCACCCCUGGUCUUGAAAUGGAAUCAUCUCAACUGUUGUCAUACUAAGACUGAAGUGGCAUGUGCCAUUUUCUGAGAGGGGGUUUUUAGAAUCCUUUUUUGUCACCUACAUGAAGCAAAUUUGCAAACUAUGUAAUUAUGCAUAUUGUAUCUAUGCAAUUCAUUGAUAUUUACUUUAUUUAAAACUUAACUUUAAAAAAGAGAAGAGUUAAUUUUGUCAACUUCUGUGAAGUAUUUUGGUUACUUUUAUGAUUUUCAAAACACUCGAAUUUCGAACUGAUCAUAUAGAUAUAUAUGAAACUGAAUAGCAAUAAUUGUUUAAUAUGUAAAAUUAUGAUAUUGUGAAAAAUAUCAUUUCUCAUUCUGGCUACGCCAAUAUCAUACAGGGUUUUUAAUCAUGUAAUGAUUUUUUUGAAAGCUGUAUUGUAAUCAGCUAAAACACUAGUGUUGCACAAUCCAAAAUGUACGAAAAAGAAAAAUCUGGACCAUCAUUUUUCGGCUUGUAUGGUGACAGUUUCGCGUAAGAAAACAUGGGGGGUAUUUCCUCGCGGUUCCGAAAAGCGAUACAGACUGGUGACCAGACGUUGGCGCUGCAGAUUUAUAAUAGCAGCCGCGAUCUGCGGGAAAAUCUGGACCCAAACUUGUCGUACGGAGAAAACCAUGGUAACAACACCGCCAUGCACUAUGUCUCACUGUACGGACAGAAGGUCCUCAUAAGAGUUUUCUUGGAUUUCCACAACGGGAAUCCCAACAAGAGGAACGCCAACUCUCUCACCUCUCUUCAUGAGGCCUGCAUCUGUGCCAACAGUAAUGACCCUGAUGUACAGGUUGAUCGUGCGGAGUGUGUACAGAUGCUGCUGGCCUGGCAGGGCCCUCCCCUGGGGAACGGUCGCUACGAGAGAGUGGACGUAGCCGCCACCGACGCCUACGGAAACUCGGCCUUACACUACGCCGCCUUGUCUGGACUCAAGAAAUGUGUGGAGCUGAUAGUGGCCCAUGGUGCACCACUGUUCCAGGAGAACAAGGAUGGACACACACCGUGUGACUGUGCUGCCAUACACCGCCAUGCCGACAUCGCUGCUCUGCUCGAGUCCAAGAUGGUUUUUGCUGCUGCAGAAAAUGAAGACCCAGAAGUUUCAGAUGGGAUCUAUACCAUCAAACGAGAUGAGUCCUACAGUGGAUUACGCAGCCAGGAGCUUCAGGAAGCGAAGGACUCACUGCUGAUAGAGACAGCUGACAUGCUACAUGUACCUCUCUUCACGGCAGAGGCACUGCUCCGAAACAAUGAGUGGUCCAAGGAGAUGUUGCUGGAGGGGUGGAUGCGGGACCCGGUGGCCUGCUGUGAGAAAGCAGGGGUCAAACCGCCAGACAGCGUCCUGGCCGAGCUGGGCAAGAAGGAGGAGGGUGCAGGAGAGGACCUUGAACAGAGAGACAGGGCUGACUCAGAAACAUUGUGUGACAUCUGUGCAGGUCCUGUAUCAGCUGAUGAUGAACCAGUGGACAUCCCCUGUGCUCAUCAGUUCUGUCAGGAGUGCUGGGAAAGGUACCUAAGUUUGAAGAUCAAAGAUGGCAGCACAGGGGACAUACAGUGCCCCGGGUACGAGUGCAGCCAGCUGGUUCCCGUGGAGACCAUAGAGAAGCUUGUUCCCAGGGAGAUGGCCAUGAGGUACCAGCAGUUUGAUAUCAAAGCUUUUGUGGAGACCAAUCCCCACAUCAAGUGGUGUCCGUUCCCCGGGUGUGGCAGAGCUGUCAGGCUCCCGUCAGAGUCAGGAACCGCUCCCAUUGGUGCAGAGGCACAGACUUCUCAUGCAGUGGAUUGUGGGAAUGGUCACUUCUUCUGCUGGGAGUGUCUAGGUGAGGUCCAUGAGCCCAGCAGUUGUGACCAGUGGAAACAGUGGCAGCACAAAAUCACUGAGAUUGACCCAACACAAGUACCAGAGAAGAAGACAGAGGUAGACACAGAGGCAGAAACCACAGCUAACUGUCUGUGGCUGGUCACCAACACAAAACCCUGCCCCAAGUGUAAGGUCUACAUCCAGAAAAAUGAGGGCUGCAACCACAUGAAGUGUACCAAGUGUAAGUAUGACUUCUGCUGGGUAUGCCUGGAGGACUGGGAGAAACACAGCUCCUCCACAGGUGGUUACUUCAGGUGUAACAGGUACGAGGUGGUGCAGAAGGUGGAGGAGGAGACCAAACUACUCACAGAGGAGGCAAGAGAAAAGAAUGAGAAGGCACAAGAACUCAGCCGUCUGAUGCACUACUACACCAGGUUCAAAAACCACGACAACAGCUUUAGAAUAGAGGAAGCCUACCUGCGGACUGCCAUGAGAAAGAUGAACGACCUUGCCCUGGCAGCCGCAAGUACAGGUAAAUUUGGGAACCAGAGGGUGAGUACCAAGUUUGUGGAGGAAGCCAUCCGUGAACUGCUGUCUGCCCGGCGUGUGCUGAAGUUCUCCUACUGCUAUGGCUACUAUGUAGGAGAUGCCAGGAAAAGGAGGAUAUUUGAAGAUAUCCAGACGGAACUAGAGGAGGCUACAGAGACGCUGUCCCAGAUGAUAGCGAGGCCGUACCUCCGUACGCCGAGGUCAAAGAUCAUCCAGGGCGCCCAGCUGACUCAGCGGAAACGACACGACUUCCUGGCGGCAGUAGAGAAGGGCCUUCUGCCACCGGAGACUCCGCCAUCAGAAAGGAGAAGGAUGUGA